CAGUCAAAUCAUCGUCAGCUGCUAUUGUAUUAUGGUUGUAUUAUUUGAAGUUGUUUUAUUAUUAUUUUAACUGUGACUAAUAACGUGAGCGUCGGUAAAGUGUCAUAAAGUAUUACCUGAGUAUCACGUAAACCAAUCUGCAUUCAUGAAUAUAAUUUUAGUUGGCCUUCUUUUGAUGAUUCGACCGGCGCUCAGUAUGAUGAUAACACACUUUAAAUGCCGCGGCGGAGUUUACCCGCGGUCGUCUGUUGAAAGGUUCCCGGUACCUGAUGACAAAGUGAGCUGGGCCGUUGACUACAAAGAAUAUAGACCACGCAAUCAUACCGCACAAUCUAUUCAUGGGAAACCUUGGGCUGAUCCAGAGAUAGGUGAUCUUGAAUUCAACCCAAAAUGGAAUAAUUUAGACAAUAAUGUUGAUAGACAGAGUUACACAGGUCAAUACAAAAUAGUAGAUAGCUAUCCUCUUAAUCCUAUUGGGAGAACAGGCAUCAGUGGUAGAGGAGUGCUAGGCCGCUGGGGACCCAAUCACGCUGCCGAUCCAGUGGUCACAAGAUGGAGAAGACUGCAGUCGGGAGAAGUGGAGAUAGACAAGAAUAGCAAUAAACCAAUACUUCAGUUUGUAGCCAUAAAACGAGGAGACACUGGUGAAUGGGCCUUGCCAGGCGGUAUGGUAGAUCCUGGUGAGAAGGUGACAACAACAGCUGUCAGAGAGUUCCGUGAAGAAGCCAUUAACUCCCUUGUUAUGUCACAAGGUGAACUAAAAGCCUGGGAAGCCAAAUUUGAAUCCUUCUUCAGCGACGGCGAAGAAGUCUACAAAGGCUAUGUAGACGACCCCCGCAACACCGACAACGCCUGGAUGGAAACAGCCGCGUACAACUUCCACGACGACAGCGGGCACGUGGUCGGCGCGCUGACCCUGCACGCCGGCGACGACGCCGUCGGCGUUACGUGGGUCGACGCGACCCCAGACCUGAAGCUCUAUGCUAGCCAUAGUAGUAUUGUCAAUGAAGUGCAAAAGCGAAGGCUUAAUGCUUUUUCUUAAGUGGAAGUGUGACAACGAGGUAGUAAUCUCUCAGCUGCUUUGUUGUUAACAUGGAUUGCCAUCCUUAGUACAUGAUAUUAUCUUAUUUAAGUAAACUUUCUCACAUUUUUACAAACAAGUUACAAAAUAAUUGAAUAUUGAAUUACCUAUUACAAAGUCGCAUUAUUACUUAAAGCCUAUGUUAAAUUUGACACUCGUAAAUAAAGUCAUAACAAAAAAGUGUAGGUAUAGUCGGCGCCAUGUGCCAAACUCUCGUCUGUGUAUGGUAACUUGAAUCAUCCUGACUGAAUUUUUGCAUUUUUUUCGAAAACGAAAGAGUAGACCCUUUAGU